CACCCCGGAAGAACAGAGGGAUCGAUCACGGCCUCAAGGCUCAACUUCUCAAGGUAGCUCUCUCUCUGUUCCCUUUUCUCUCAUCUCAUCCGAGAGCGACGACAGCGACAGGACGCGCGCACGUCCAAACGUACACGUACGUAGGCGGAACCAGUCGCAUACGGUGGUGCGUAAGGGGCAUGGGCCUCCUCGACCAGCUCUGGGACGAGACGGUGGCCGGCCCGCGCCCGGACUCCGGCCUCGGCAAGCUCCGCAAGUGCUCCUCCUUCUCCCUCUCGUUGCCGUCCUCCGCGGCCGAUGCGCCGCCGGCGGUGACUCGCAGCAUCACCAUCGCCCGCCCGCCGUCACUGUCGAUCCCGUCGCCGCGCAGCGAGUCGUAUAGCUCCUCCGUGCCGUCCUCCCCGGCCAGCACACCGGGCUCCCAGUUCGCCACAGCUACAAUUCCCAAGGGAGACAGCUGGAGGAAUCUUCGCCGGAAACCCAAGGUCUCCGACGGGCCGGAGGCGGCCGUCGAGCCGAGGAGCCCCACCGUGUACGACUGGGUGGUGAUCAGUUCGUUGGACCGGUGAACUAGCACGAAUCCAGCGUGGCGAAAGCGCGAAAUAAGCAACCGAGCAGGGGUCAUAGCACAGGAAGCUAGCUAGCGUUCGUGUUUGUUAGUUUGAGGUUGCGUUGUGUUCUAUAUAUGUAUGUGUUCUUGUGAAUCCGGCCUUGUGUGAGUUGGUGCAAUAUUUUCUCUGUAGGUAUAUGCGCCUUUGGUGAUCACUGAACGCGUGUAGUAUGUAUAGAGAGUCCUAAUGGGGGUUAGAAGUGGGCAACGAUCGAGUCUAGUUUGGCUUUGGCGAGGUGUGUGUUCUCCAAUUCUUUCGGCAAAAAAAAAAACACUGAAAUGAGGAUUUCUUGUACGCCUGUCUGUUUUGUUUUCUACUCUCCCAUGUAAUUAUCAAGUACUACUAGUACUGUGUGCAAUGCAGAGCAUGGCUCUGUUUUCUUCUGCUCA